AAUGAAAAAUUGGCCCAAAAUACUCACGCAUUCACGGCCCACGCCGAAAAUAAAAAAUGACAGCAGCGGCGCAAACUCGCAUCGAGCAUCGUCGUUGAGCACUCCGUUCGUCUUCUUCAGUCUUCGCUAGUCGAAGUCCCACAACACGAAAUUCAGGCGCCUCUAUUUGCUAGCUGCUAGGACUCUCAGUCUCUGCUUUGCGCCUCUCCGGAUUUGAGAUCUGCCCGUAGCUGCCACCAUGCCCACCGUCAGCGUCGGAAGAGAUCGGCUCUUUCAAGCUCUCGGCCGCACUUACACUGAAGCAGAAUUUGAGGAAUUGUGUUUCCAGUUUGGUAUUGAGCUCGAUGACGUCACAACAGAAAAAGCAAUUAAACGGAAAGAACAGCAUUUGGAUGAAGAAGAAGCAUCUGAAGAUGAGGAAAUUAUAUACAAAAUCGAAGUUCCUGCUAACAGGUAUGAUUUACUUUGCCUUGAGGGGCUAGUUCAAGCCCUUCGCAUUUUUAAUGGGCUUGAUCCUAUACCCACAUAUAAUGUUGUGAAUAUCAAUGAAGAAUCCAUGCUGAAAGUGCAUGUAAAGCCAGAGACAUCAGAAAUACGUCAGUAUGUUGUGUGUGCUGUUUUGAGGGGCUUAACUCUUGAUGAAGCAAGAUACAAUAGCUUUAUUGAUCUACAAGAUCGACUUCAUCAGAAUAUUUGCCGGCGAAGAACCUUGGUUGCCAUUGGAACUCAUGACUUAGAUACAAUAGAACCUCCUUUCACAUACGAGGCUUUGCCGCCCACAGAAAUCAACUUUGUUCCUUUGAAACAGAGACAGAGCUUCAGAGCUGAUAAGCUGAUGGAAUAUUACAAAGAGCAUGAUCUCAAACUGAAGAAGUUUUUACACAUAAUUGAGACUUCACCAGUGUUCCCUGUUAUAUAUGAUCAUAACAGAACUGUGUUGUCUUUGCCUCCUAUUAUUAAUGGUGCGCAUUCUGCCAUUACAUUAAAAACAAGGAAUGUUUUCAUUGAAUGCACAGCCACAGAUUUGACGAAGGCCAAUAUUGUAUUAAAUACAAUGGCAACAAUCUUUUCAGCUUACUGCGAAAAGAAGUAUGAAGUUGAACAAGUUAAAGUAAUGUAUCCUGAUGGAACAUCAUAUAUUUCUCCCGACCUCUCCGUAUACCAAAUGGAUGUACCUUUGUCAUACAUUAACAGUGUAGUUGGAGUAUCCUUGGCGGAAAAUCAAGUAGCAAAUUUAUUGCAUAAAAUGCAAUUGCAUGCUAAGAAAUGUGUUUCAAAAGAUAAAGAAGUCAAGUUUGUUGUGUCUGUUCCUCCAACUAGAAGUGAUGUUCUUCAUGCUUGUGAUGUGGCUGAGGAUGUUGCAAUUGCUUUUGGCUACAAUGAAAUUCCAAAGAGAAAGCCUGCAUCCAUGAAGCCCCUUUCUCUUAGUCAACUAAGCGAUCUGAUUAGAAUGGAGGUAUCCAUGGCUGGUUACACAGAGGUGUUGACGUGGAUAUUGUGUUCUAAAAAAGAAAUUGCCUCCCUGCUAAAGCGUGGAGAGGACAAUUCAGCAGUCGUAAUUGCAGAUUCUCGUACUUCUGAGUUUGAGGUUGUACGGACACGUCUAAUGCCGGGCAUAUUGAAAACUGUUGGACACAAUAAGGACCAUCCAAAACCUAUAAAGAUAUUUGAAGUAGGUGACGUAGUUCUCAUAGACAACACCAAUGAUGUUGGAGCUGUAAACCAUCGUCACCUUGCUGCUCUGUAUUGUGGUGCCAACUCAGGAUUUGAGCUAAUACAUGGUUUAGUUGAUAGAAUAAUGGAAGCGACUGGAUAUUCGUUUGUAUUACCUGGCAAUACUUCAGGCUAUUACAUAGAAAGUUCAGAUGAGCCUGAACUUCUUCAAGGAAGACAAGCUAGUAUCAUUUGCAAUGGAAAGUGUGUUGGAAACUUUGGUAUUGUGCAUCCGGAGGUUCUUGCAAACUUCGACAUUCCAGAUCCUUGUUCAUUUGUUGAGCUUCACUUGGAGAAACUCUUCUAGCAUCACUUCACAUUGACUGCCCCUCGUAUUACCAAUCAAGUGUCGUCUCCAUGCUUCUACGUAAUUUAUCUUGAAACCCUUAUAAACUCUUCUACUCAAUUUUGUGCGGGUGCUCUACAUCAACCCUCUAGAAUCCCCAUAUAAUUUAUGUUGCUCAUAGCCAUUGAUCAAGUCAGGAGCUCCACAAAAAUAGUGUGAUCAAUGUGGUGCUCAUAAUUUCCCCAACACCAAGAUUGAAGUCAUUGAACUAUCAAAACUAUUUGAAAAAGAAAAUUAUUUGGUUUUAUUGGAUAUUUGGAUGUAGAAAACUUGUACUCUGAUAGUCUGAUAGUCUGAUAUAAAAAAUCUAUACUUCAGCA